CCGUCAGAGGACCAGGGAGAGCGUGGUGAGGAAUCCCAGCAGCCCCCCCGGAGAGUGCGAGCCGGACCGGCUGGACCCCCUCCCCCUACCCCCGGAGGAGGACCCGAGAGAGACCCACGUUGCCACGGGAGAGGCCUCUGUGUCAGGGCUGAAGGAUGUUUACCUCGGUGAAGGCCUUUGAGGGGCAGCAGUACUCCACCCUGAAGAGGCAGUGCCUGCAGAGUGGCCUCUUGUUUGAAGACCCCCGCUUCCCCGCCACUGACGACUCGCUCUUUCACCAGGGCAACAGGAUUGGACGUGUGGUCUGGAAGAGGCCUCAGGAACUGUGUGAGGAUCCUCACCUGUUUGUGGAUGGCAUCAGUGCACAUGAUCUCCAUCAGGGACAGUUGGGCAACUGCUGGUUUGUUGCAGCUUGUUCCAGCCUGGCAUCCAGAGAGUCUCUUUGGCAAAAAGUCAUCCCGGACUGGAAGGAGCAGGAGUGGGACACAGAAAACCCUGACUCGUAUGCUGGGAUUUUCCACUUCCGCUUCUGGCGCUUUGGUGAGUGGGUGGACGUAGUGAUUGAUGACCGGCUGCCAACAGUAGACAACCAGCUUGUCUACUGCCACUCCAAUGACAGCAACGAGUUCUGGAGCGCCCUGGUGGAAAAGGCCUACGCCAAGGUUUAUGGCUGCUACGAGGCCUUGGAUGGGGGAAACACAGCAGACGCCCUGGUGGAUUUUACUGGCGGUGUUUCAGAGCCUGUUGACCUUCUGGAGGGUCAGAUGGCAACAGAUGAGGCGUCUCGUAACCAGCUGUUUGAACGAGUACUCAAGGUCCACAACAGAGACGGCCUCAUCAGCUGUUCUAUCAGGGCGACCACAGUGGAGGACAUGGAGGCUCGGCUGGACUGUGGUUUAGUCAAAGGCCACGCCUAUGCCGUGACAGAUGUUCGGAAGGUGCGUCUCGGACACGGACUGCUGGCCUUCUUCAAAUCGGAGAAGCUGCACAUGAUCCGCAUGAGGAACCCCUGGGGGGAGAAGGAGUGGAGCGGCCCGUGGAGUGACAGCUCUGAGGAGUGGAACAAGGUGAGCAAGAGUGAGAGAGAAAAGCUGGGUGUCACCGUGCAGGAUGACGGCGAGUUCUGGAUGAACUUUGAUGACUUCUGCCAGUAUUUCACUGACCUGAUCCUCUGCCGCCUCAUCAAUACCUCCUACCUGAGUAUUCACAAGACCUGGGAGGAGGAGGUGAUGAGGGGCUCCUGGAUCCAUCGCCAGGACCCUCUUCGGAACCGGUCUGGAGGCUGCAUCAACCACAAGACCACCUUCCUGCAGAACCCUCAGUAUGUGUUUGACGUGAAGAAGGUGGAGGAUGAGGUGCUGAUCUGCUUGCAGCAAAAAGAGAAGAGAGCCACACCCAAAGAAGGCAAAGGGGAAAAUCUUGCUAUCGGUUUUGAUAUUCACAGGGUGGAACUGAAUCGAAAGUACCGUAUGCACACAGCCCAGCAGAAAGUAGCCGGUUCCAUUUACAUCAACUCGCGCUGCGUCUUCCUCAGGAAGGAGCUAAAGGAAGGACGAUAUGUCAUCAUCCCCACCACCUUUGACCCCGGGCAGCAGGGAGAAUUUCUGCUCCGGGUCUUCACUGAUGUGCCUUCAGAUUGCAAAGAGCUGACUCUGGACGAUCCUCCUCAGACCUGUUGGACAGGGAUGUGUGGCUACCCUCAGCUGGUCACUCAGGUCCAUGUAGUGAGUGCUGAGGGGCUCCAGGGGCAGGACACCAACGGAGCUGUGGAUUCUUACGUGAUAAUCACCUGUGAAGGAGAGAGGGUUCGUUCACCAGUUCAGAAAGACACACGUUGCCCAAACUUUGACAUCAAAGGCCUGUUUUAUCGCAAAAAGCCCAAGGAAGCCAUCCAUGUCGAGAUCUACAACAAGAACAUGAUCAUGGACACCUUCCUGGGACAGGUGGUCCUGUUCAGUGAGCCCAAUGAGCGGCAGGAGCAGCACACGCUUCACCUCCGUGACAAGGGCAGUCGCCAGGACAACGACAUCCCGGGCAUGCUCACUGUGCGCCUCUUCACCUCCACCACACUCACCAACAUCUGACAAGCUCUUUACCGAAUCUGGGGAGGCUCACCCAUCUUUCUCAGCUCACUGUCCUUCACUCUGUUUUCCUACUUUUUCUUUUUGGGGAGUUUUUCAAAAUACCUGCAUCCAUACGUGUAGGUAAAAGGUGCCAUAAGGGAUAUGUUUUAACAAAUUUCUGCUAGAAUAGAAUGGAUAAUGUUAUUUGUUUCAUAAUAUUAUUUGAAACCGGGCCACUCUACAAGUCCGGAAAGCUUCAGUUAAGGGGGACCUAUUAUGCAGAAUUCAAAUUUUGCACAUUUUUCUCCUUCCAUUUGGGUCUCAACUGUUUCUAAAAACAGCCCAAACGCUUUAAAAAACUUUUUUGGGAGAUAAAUUUAUGAAUUUCAAAAACCUCCCAAUUGUUAAGUCACAUUUUACAGGCACUGCGCCAUUACUUAGCAACACCACCCAGGCCCAGCUCUGUUACCUAGCAGCCCAACUCCAGCAUGUUUGGUCAGCUGGGUUUAACACUGCUGGAAAAGACAAGUGUAUUCUUGUUGACUUUUAACUCCACGAUCUAUUUAUCAGCUAAUUUGCUCAUGUGCUAAAAGAAAUACUUCCAACAAAGGUAUGUUUGCUUCUUUUUUUCUUUUGGUAAUCAUUGUAAUUGUAAAUAUUGAAUUGAAUUAAAUUCAGAAAGCUUUAUUGAUCCCACAGGGAAAUGAAAUGCUAGUGUAACUUCAAAGAGUUAUUGUAGAUGUUAUAUAUAAAUAUAUACAUAGUAAUAAAAAUAUAUUUAGUUAUUAUAAACUAUAAUAAAUAGUGCAUGUUUCAAAGAGAAUAACCAAAAAUAAGAAUAAAAACAGUAUUACUGGAUUUUGAAAGACUAUUUUCUAAAAUACAACCUUCCAGUAAAUGUAUGUACCUGUGAAUCAAACGUGAAAACGAUAGAGUACUAUUGGGAUAUAGUCUUGUACAAUUGAUAACACCUUUAGCUAAUCUCAUAAAAGAUAUGAUUGUUAUGAAAGUAAAGGUCCUUUUUUUGUCCAGGUUAAAUAUCUCACAGUUCCUUCAGUCCUAUUACAUUUUUAAAUUGAAUAAUAAUCUAUGAACCAAAUUAUAAAAUGUAUUAUUCAUUAAGAGAAUUAUAACAUAGUCCAGGAAAAUAGCAUAUGUAGUUUUUUAGUUAAUACAAAUGAAUAUGUAAAUGUAUAUUUUGAGAAUGAUCCAGAAGUAUUUUCUUUAGUGCAUGCGCAAGUUAGCCAGCGGUACGGAUUGUGUUUCCAGAAUAGACUGUGCAGUGGCAACACAUUUAUGUUGGUUGCGCGGAAGGACCCUCUUCUGCUUUUCAAAGAUAUACAGUUGUAUAAUUGUGCAUGGCCUCCUCUCCCCCUUCCUGUCAUUUAAAGUCACAACAGGCCCUAAAACAUCUGAACUGACCAGACUAAAAUAUCAUUAUCUAAGAAUGAUUUAGUGCAAAAACUGUAACGAACAUGUUUUGUACAGCCCAUAGACCACUAGAGCUAUUGUUGAGCAAAAAAAAAAAAAAAUCCCAUAAAACAAAUUUUAGCAUUUUUAAUUUAUUGAAUUUUAUGGUCCUCCAGUAGUUUAAAUCUGCCAGUUUUGGUCACCACCUGUCAUAGACCUAACCUGUUCAAGGAAGCAUAAUAGGUCACCUUUAUAUGAACUGUCCAAAAUUAUUUGCUACAAACUGAGUUUGCCCUCGUCAUACAGUACAUUAUGCACACAUUUCUGCACUCUCCAUGCAUGUGCCAAUCUUUCCAAGGGCUCUGCAAUGCCUUAAGGCUGAGUCGGUUUCUCCUGUUUCAGGAGAUGGGGGAGGAGUUCUGUGAAAACUGUUUUCAGUGUUAGCACCGUCUGAUCUACAGCCUUCUGUCCCCCCUUCCUGUCAGAGCUCAAUCCUCCUGCCUAGACGCCUCAGCACCUCGUCAGGUUGCAGCUGCUUCAGAGAGCAUCCAGUCUGAACUUUACAAAGAAAAGCCAACAGCAGCUAUUUCCUCCCUCUACCUGGAGCUUUCUUUUCCUGCGCUUACGUGUAAAGUCUUCGCCUCCCCUGUCCCCCGUCACUUCUAAACUCGCUGCCGGUUGCUCUGGACGAUCUGCAAACUGCAUGGCUUGAAAAUGUUUCUGCCUGUGCUGCACAUUUAUCCAGUCGUAGCUUAGCAACCGGGGCUCCUGAUCGUUUACCCUGUUUUCCCCAACGUUGGAGUGCAAAGAUUCAGCUUGACAUAAACCAAGUGCUUUAUGGGACCAAAGAUGAGCUGGGCCCUUCGCUCUCUAAUGUCCCGUUCAGAACCUUCUGGCCUAGCCACAAACCACCACCCCGUGUGCCACUUCAUCUCUUAAUGGCAACACCACUGCCUGAUGCUUCCGAUGACGAGAGCCUGACGACAGUGAAAAGACUCGCCGAAGACAGUGGCCGGGCUUCUGAGAAGACACCAGCUGCGUUUCCAUUGAUCAUAAAUUAGCUUAAAGCUGCAAUACGUAACAAACUCCCAUUGUUGGUCAUGUGACUUGUGUGUUGCGUGUUUCCAUUGCAGUUUUGUGAAAUAAACAAAUUUCUGUAUAGCCAAAAACCACUUCAAACUUUCCAUCAAAAAACAAGUUUUUUCAGAACUGGCAUGUAUCCUGCUGCAGUAUGUAACUUUUAAAAAAUGAUGUUUUUUCAUAUUUAUUCAUACUAUCAUCUAGUGACAAUAUAGAUCAAUUUCUUUCACCUCCUUCCUGAGCUACUAUUGCUGUCUGAAGAAAUGCAGGGCUCCAGACUAAAAACAACCAAGCAGAGCCAGGAGGAUCUUAGUGCUGUCAAUCAAGCUCAUGUACUCCUUGAGGGUGAUUGACAGUGUUAACUCCCACCUCUUGGCUCUGAUUAGCUGCUUCUGGUUAGCACUAGUAGAAGGUAGAGAAGCUGUAUUUUUUUUUUUUUUUUUUCAGAUUAUCCAUCUCAUACCAUACAGUCACAACAUAGCGACAGAUUCAACAAAUGUGCAAAAAAUAUAUUUUUAAUAAAAGUUACAUACCGCAGGAGAAAACAACAAUUUAAAAGAUAAAACAAACCUGUUUUUCCACUAAGAUGAGGUGGUAUUUCAGUCAUAAAAUUGCAAAGGAAACACUUCUUUCACAUCACAUGAUCAACAACCGGAUGUUGCCACUGGUGCAAACCACUAAGUAGGCGACAGGAAGUAGUUGGAUGAUCAUUGCGUGGCAUGUUUUUUAAUGACUUAUCGCGCGAACAAACUUCUUCACGUGAGAUUCUUAAUUAUGUUUCUUAUUUGAUUUCCAAAAACACAAUUAUGAAAUUGUGUUUGUGUCAAAAUUAGUGGAAUAUCGUCAAAGUUUGUGGUUGGAAACGCAGCUUGUGUGUUUGUCUCGGUUCCUGCCGCUUUACUUCAGAUGAGGGUGAGUGCAGAUCUGUUGAUCCUGUUUGUAUCUGGAAGAAACAUUUCUGUGGGGAGGUGUGAGCAGAACAUCUUGCACUUUAAUUAACGUCAAAUUCAAAGAAACUGGAAGUUUUUUAUCAGCGGAGACGUUUCUGCCAAUCAGCUUGUGCCAUUGUCUCGGUCUCGGCAGGAUGGAUGAACGUAUUUCUCUCUUGUUAACCAUGACUCUUCCUGCAUCGGUCAUGUGGCCACACGCUGUGAGCUUUUCGCUCCUGAUGAACUUUGUUUUGGUUUUGUUGACUCAAAAGUGCAGUUGUGAGUUUUAUGCACUGCUGGAUUUUAUUUCAUUUGUUGUUAGAAGUUAGGAUUUAAACUGUAAUCUAUCAUCAAUGCAUUUCCUUUGAAUGUAAGGCUAGUCUCUUGUGAGAAACUAUCACAUCAGUUUUUCUGUUCUGUUUUAUCACUGCAGUGGUCACACAAGGCGUUAUUUAAACUGGUCACUCCAGUUAUUGUCAGGGUUCCUGCACAGUGUGGAAAAGUCUGGAAAGGUCUAGAAAAGUCUGGAAUCCAAGGUUUUCCUGGUUUGAAAGGGAAAAUUAGAGAAUAUUUGCAUUUAUAAAACUUUGUUCCCAGUUUGUUCGCAGUACCUUCCUUCUUUUUUUUUCCUUCCUUCCUUCUUAUCUUUCUUCAUUUCUUCCUUUCUCCCUUCCCCACUCAGUUUUUUUUUUGAUAUUUACAGCCCACAGUAUAAAUAUCAUAAGUUCCUGCUGAAUCUUAAUAUUAUAAACGGUCUGAGAUUUUUGCAAGUUUGAACUUGCUACAGUAUUUUAGAUUUUCCAUGUGAAGGAACCCUGUUUUGUGUACAGCAUCCCUAUGAACGUGUCGUGCAUGACUUAUUUUCCAAUAUGUUCAUGGCCUUGUACGGUACUGCUCAACUGUUACGAUAUCUAUUUAUUCUUUCUAUCUGGAUCGUCAUGGAAACGCUCGCUUUUGAGGAGUCAGCAUGUCGACACCCAAUGACCCUCGUCCGGUUCGGAUCACAUGGAAGGCUGUGAAGCAGCAGCUAUGUCUUAUUACAGUUAUGCAUUCAUAAAGCCUCUAGCUUUUGAACAUUAGCAGCAGCUGCUGACCUCUCUCUAGGUGCUACUUCUCUUCGCUGUGCUCCUUAUUGUUUUCAGUUGGACAGAAAGUGGAAGCUGCUCCGGUUCCAGUAGAACCAAACGCUGUAUGAUUUGUUUGGAUUUCAUUCACAAAGACGAGGAUAAAACACAAAAACCCACCAAACCCAUUCAUAAAGUUCUGCUCAAGUUUCAGUGUAUGAAGCAGCCUGAACUCACUGAACAGUGCGGCUGAAAAGGAUUUGACCUCUUUCAGAUUGUAGAUGGUUUGAACAUUGUUAGCAUCUCCUUGUAAGCAUAAUACUGCAUUGUCCUCAAAACCAACAGCUAAUAACUUCCAUAGGGAUGGAUGAAGAGUGUGUAGUGGCAAAUCAGUUGUGCCAAAUGUCAAAUCGAUCUUUAUUCACAGAGUUUAGCAUUUAAUGCACAAAAAUAUGUUUAUGGAGCAGAAACUGGUAAAUUUUGUUCCUCUCAAGCUGCCAAGUUCUUCACUGGUAAAGCCAACCGGUCCUGAAUAAUAUAAGCUGUUUUCUUACAGCUUUGUUUUUAUUUUCGAACAGAACAUUAUGUUAAGGUUGUCCUGAAUGAGAAUGGUUGUCAGGUGGCGACAUAACUGGGUUAAAAAGUAACUGAAGAUUCUUAAAAUGCCUCAAAUGUAAAUGGUUGAAGUUUUGAAAAUUAGGCAGCUGUACGUUCAGAUUUCUGACUCAAUCACAAAUAUGAAGGAAGCACAAAUUAGGACGCCUUAAACAUAACCCCAUCUUCUCCCUAUGGCUCCCCCUGUUUAUGUUGUCUCUCUGUAUUCAGCCCCCAAAUCCCAUAAAAUCAGCCAGGUCUCGUUUGGCUGAGCAUUUAAUUAGGUACAUUAAUUUGUUUCACUGAGGUUAAAGCAUCAAAAUAAGCCAAAGACAUAAAAAUAAACCAGAGGCAGUGAACAAGUUGAGCUGGUCUGCAAACCAAGCUGGACUGUUUCUACUCUGUAAAUCACAAAAAUAAGAAUACACCUUUGAAUCUGUUUACUUUCAGAACAUCUGAUUAAUCAUCAAUGAGUUAUUUAUAAGAUUAAAAACUAAUAAUGAGCUUUUUUAAACCACUAACAGUGUUAAUAUUCCAGAUUUGUGCUCAGGACGUUGCCACUCCAUCCCUCACUAGUUUAAUUUGAUUAAAUGUAAAGACUAACUACUGAAGGCAAAAGCAGUCUUGAUUUUCUUGAGGUAACAGGUUUUUCCAGAGACUUUUAAGCAAUAUUACUCCAAAAGACAAACCACUUAAAAAGACAGAUGAUUUCCAGUUAUAUCAGAUUCAAUUUGGUCAAAAUUCAGUUUAAAUCAAUUCAGAAAAUUUCUUUAAAUGGAGUCCAAUUCAGUCCAAAUUUUAAAAAGCAAUCAUCAAAAAUGUAGUUGAUCAUAAGUUUUAUUGCCAACAGGCAAGCAUGGGGUGACAGUGGAUACGAAAAACUGUCUGGCUGGUUGCUGAGAGGACAGAAAAACAAAACGGAAAAAUCAGAAAGUACACUGGACCAGGUGUACUUUCUAUAUGGAAAUAAAAAAGGUUCAAAGGCAGCAAUAGCUCCAAUAAUUGGUCUGGUCAGAAGCAAAAGAGAAGUUAGCCAGGUGUACCUUCCGAUGGGAAGAAAAUGUAAGAAAGAGAAGAGCUUCAAAGUGUGUAAAAUAUGUUUUCACUACUUAAUAAGCCUUGUUAUAUUGGGAUAAUGACACAAAUAUCAGCUCAUCUUCUGACAAUGCCAUGAAAAUACAUUUCUAAGCCUUUAUGCUCUCUCUCCUUCUGUAGCAACUAGGGGUGCACCAAUUGCACUUUUCUGGCCAAUCAACAAUCUUUAUAAAGCCUGACCUGCCCAUUUCUAUUUUUUUGUUUGAAAAAUUGGUAAAUAUAGCGUCAAAGUCGCUAAGUCUAUGACUGUUGUUAACACUUUAAGGAGACAGAAGCUAAUUUUGAGAAUGAUAAGAUCAGUUUUUCAUCUCCCAAAGUGAAGGAAGUUGUGGCUGAUUUAUUGGUGCACCCCUAGUAGAAACCACAGUCAUCAUAAGAGUACCUUUAGGCAUAUUUCUUUAAAAUCAUGUGCCACAGCAGUGCCAAAAAGACCAGUGGCUUGUUACGUUACGCUGCGUUGUGUCUUAUGAACUGUGAGUUAAAAAAUUUUUGGAACAAAAAUGUUUAUCAAAUGUUUUGCUCUCCAUUGUAUCCUGCUUUGUUUAUUCACUGCAAUGCUUCUUUAUCAUUGUUGCAUAAUGUGAACUUUUUUGCCAAAAGUGUUAUGGCUUUCACUGUUAACCACACACACGCACACACACAAACCGUCCAGCUACUAACCAAGCUCGACCGGAGUGUCUGGACCUUGAGUGUGUUUUUUGAUAGUUGCUAUAUUGCUUCAGUCUUCUGCAUAUAUAAGCAUUUUCUGCAUGGUCACUCCAAGACAGGUUUUUAAAGGAAGCCCAAAUUUUCUGAACGGUGGUGACUUUUAUAUGAAUCAAAAAGCGGCCAUGCAUGUAGCAAAAACAAAAGAAAAAAGACAAAGAAAACGCUUUCAGAUCUCCUUGUUUCAUCUCGAAUCACAGGAAUGAAGAUUUUCCUUCAGACAGUUGGCAAACAUUAUUCGCUGUUGCUACUUUGAUAAACAUGCUGUGUGUAAUUAAAGGCCUUCGUUGCACACUUGCAUGCAUUGAGACAGUAUCCAGUUUUUUAAUAUUUUGUAUGCAGUAAUCUGCAUUUUGCAGUAUGUAUAUAAAAGUAGCAGCAACUCAGUCUAUAGGUGGUUUGAUCCUUGUUCUGAUGCACACUAAUAUCAGUUCUUUAUAGUUACAAGUGAAUCAUCCACUGUUUGUGCUAGUUAAUGUGAAUUAUUAGGGCCACAAAUUUUGGCAUUUCUUCCACUGAACUGGAUGCAGAUUUUUUUCCUUUUUAAUGGAGAUUGGAGCAAAAUUAUUAGUGUGACGUUUUACCUGUUGCACCUUUUUGGAAAGUAAUGCUAAUUAACUUUUUUUAAAAUAGAUAAAAAUGUAACAUCUGUCAAUCUUGCCUUGAUAUGUGAUGAAAUGGCGACUAGUUGAACUCACUUCCAGGCUUCUGGAGUUGAAAUGGGUUUGGUCUGGUGACUCUGUUAUCCCACAUGUGACAUGUGAUGGUUUCAGUGGCUUACAUUUUGUGAAGGUACCAGAUAGAAAAUACUCUUAAGGUUGAUUCAGUCAAGUAUCUUUUAUCAGUAUUUCAUCAGCUGUGAAUUUGGACUUAAAUGCAACCAGUCCAUCAAAACAGAUGGCAUGAUGAUCUUAACACAUACAAUUUAAAGAAACAAUGAUGACCUUUGCAUUUCCUCCUAUGAGGUAAAUAUGGAGCUACUUUACUCCUAAGGGACUAAUUCUGCAGGGCUAUGAUGGCCAUGAAUCUGCAGAUCAGUUCAGUGGAAGGAGGAUUCAGAAAUUCACACAUUUUUAUGAUGAAAGCAGGAGAAAUGUGAUCAGUGAAACUGAAAAUUACAUCCGUAAGUUGACUUCUAUCCGUUCUCAACUCUAGGAUUGAUGGAUUUAACAACCACAUCAGUUUGCCCAGUGCUGCAUGUGAUCAAGUAGAUCAAAAUAUCAGAGAGAAAACAUCUGGUUUCUCCUAUGGACCGCAUCCGAUUCGAUAAACUGAGAUUUUUAUAAAAUAUAAAACAAGCCUGACAUUGAGUCUCGUCCACUUAAGGAAUGAGCUUGUGAAUUCUCUUGUAUUUUUCUGCCAAUGUUUGUUGACUGGAGCCUGGGAAACCUACUGCAUGGUGACUCUUCUAGGAGAUGCUACCGUCUUUGUAUCGAGUAUCUUUUAUCAGUAUUUUCUAAGCUUGUUAAUUUUAUAUAUCCACUUUAACUUGCGCUCCUGACUGAUAUGUUUACUGAUAGCUAUGUACCGGAGAGCCGUGCUAUAUGUUCUGUAACGUGAGCUUGUCAGUGCGUUACUUUCAGUGUGAGCUUUGCUUUUCUUUUUCUAUUGCGUGUUAGCUGAAUUUGGUUUUCGGUUACACUGUGGUUAUUUUAUAGCUACAAUCUGAAAUACUUUUUUUUCUUUUGUAUUUUAUGUCAACUUGUGGCAUGACUUUGAAAUAAAACUAGAAAACAUA